ACUGCACUCAAACUUUACCUGUUUCUGGGCUUGGAUUUGUACUUUGUUGCUCUAAGUUCAUAUGGUUCUCUUCUGAAUUCCUAUGGCCAGUAUUCUGGGUCCUUCUUCAACCAUUGUCACGUCCUAUGCAUUCAGGAAUGGACCAUUCAAUGCAGUUACAGGAAACAGACACUCCCCUUUAUGGCUUUCUUGCACUCGCCAUGGAAACCCUGCUAGAAACCAUUUCCAGCUUAAAUCCUCAAAUGGGCAUCCGCUAAAUGCUGUUUCUUCUCAUGAUGGUUUAGCUGGAAGUUCAUUGGCCAAAGAAGAUAGCAAGUUCCAACCUGUUGAAGGACCAUUUCCCUUGUCAGACUCAGAAUGCAAAGGAUCCAACCUUAGCAUAACUGUUGUUGGAGCUUCUGGAGACCUUGCCAGAAAGAAGAUUUUUCCAGCGCUCUUUGCUCUCUAUUAUGAAGAUUGGUUACCAGAGAAUUUUCUUGUGUUUGGAUAUGCUCGGACUAAAAUGACCGAUGAAGAAUUAAGGAACAUGAUAAGCAAAACUUUAACAUGCAGAAUUGAUAAGAGGGAAAACUGCGAAGAUAAAAUGGAUCAGUUCUUAAGAAGAUGCUUUUACCAUUCUGGUCUGUACAAUUCUGAGGAGCACUUCUCAGAUUUGGAUUGCAAGCUGAAUGAGAAAGAGGGUGGAAAACUUUCAAACAGGUUGUUUUAUUUGUCAAUACCUCCAAACAUAUUUGUGGAUGUGGUAAGAUGUGCUAGCCUUAAAGCUUCUUCAAAAAAUGGCUGGACAAGGGUUAUUGUUGAAAAGCCGUUUGGUCGUGACUUAGAAUCAUCUAGUGAGCUAACAAGAUGUUUGAAGCAGUAUCUCACUGAAGACCAAAUUUUCAGGAUUGACCAUUACUUGGGGAAGGAGCUCGUGGAGAAUCUAUCAGUGCUUCGCUUUUCAAAUCUUGUUUUUGAGCCUCUAUGGUCCCGGAAUUACAUUCGCAAUGUGCAGCUAAUAUUCUCUGAAGAUUUUGGAACAGAGGGAAGAGGGGGUUAUUUUGAUAACUACGGAAUCAUUCGCGAUAUAAUGCAAAAUCAUCUUCUGCAAAUACUAGCAUUGUUUGCUAUGGAAACGCCUGUGAGCUUGGAUGCUGAGGACAUCAGAAAUGAAAAGGUGAAGGUUCUGAGAUCAAUGAGACCACUACUGCUUGAAAAUGUUGUUGUUGGUCAGUAUAAGGGCCACAGCAAGGGUAGUAAAUCAUAUCCUGGUUAUACAGAUGACCCAACUGUUCCAAACGGUAGUCUUACUCCAACAUUUGCAGCAGCAGCUCUUUUUAUUGACAAUGCUAGAUGGGAUGGGGUUCCUUUUCUCAUGAAAGCUGGCAAGGCUCUCCAUACUAAACGUGCAGAAAUUAGAGUACAAUUUAGACAUGUCCCAGGUAACUUGUACAAGCGGAAUUUCGGAACUGAUCUGGACAAGGCUACUAAUGAGCUCGUACUUCGUGUUCAGCCUGAUGAAGCUAUAUAUUUGAAGAUCAACAACAAAGUUCCUGGUCUGGGAAUGAGAUUAGACAGAAGUGACCUCAACUUGCUUUACCGAGCUAGGUAUCCAAGAGAAAUACCAGAUGCAUAUGAGAGGUUACUCUUAGAUGCUAUUGAAGGUGAGCGAAGGUUGUUCAUUAGAAGUGAUGAGCUUGAUGCAGCUUGGGCACUAUUCACUCCUUUGCUAAAAGAAAUUGAAAACAAGAAGAUUGCUCCGGAGCUCUAUCCCUAUGGCAGCAGAGGACCAGUUGGAGCACAUUACCUUGCUGCACGGCACAACGUAAGAUGGGGAGAUCUUGGUAGCGAAGACUAAUAAGUGGCAGAGCUCUCUUAUGAUUAAGGAUAUUCAUUAUCAGUUUCUUUUUCUAUGAUAGCAUAUUUUUGUGCUUGCUUCACUGUUUACUGGAAGAAGUAAGUUUUCAUAUAGAAUAAUAGCAUGCUUUAUUAUGUUACUACAGCUAGUGCUUGACGCACUUCUAGUUGAAGAAUAGCAAGUUGAUUUAGAAUUAUAACUAUUGCAUAGUAAUGAAAAACAACUGAAGCAAUUGGAGCAAAUACAGCUAAAUCUCAAAAUAUGUAUCUUUUGUGGUUGAUUUGACGGAACAUUUUUUACAG